AUGUCCGACCUCUCAACAACCCCCCCCCUCACCUACGCCUCCGUCCAAGCCGCCCACGAACUCAUCAAGCCCUACAUCCACGAGACCCCCGUGCUCACCAGCACCUAUCUCAACACCCUCGCCUCCACCCCGCGCACCACCGAAGAGGUAUUCGGCAAAGACGAAGCAGCCAAGCAACCCGACUACCAACCCGCGAAACCCGUCCUGCGCUUCUGGUUCAAGUGCGAAAAUUUCCAGAAAAUCGGCGCUUUCAAGGCCCGUGGCGCGUUCCAUGCUAUUGAAAGGUUGAAGAGGGAGCCCGGGUGGGAAGAGGGGGGUGGUCGCGAAAGGGGGGUUGUUACGCAUAGUUCUGGCAACCACGCCCAAGCCCUAGCCCUCGCCGCCCUCACCUCUCAAAUCCCAGCGCACAUCAUCAUGCCGUCCACCGCCUCCCCUCUCAAAAUAGCCGCCACCCGCUCCUACGGCGCCAACCUGACCUUCUCCGGCCCCCUAGCCAGCGAACGCGAAGCCACAGCCGCCGCCGUCCAGGCUGAGACGGGUGCACGCAUGGUCCCGCCGUUUGAUCACCCGGAUAUUAUUCUGGGACAGGGCACGGCGGGGUUGGAGUUGCGGGGGCAGGUUGUUGCUCGUAACGGGGGGAAGGGGUUGGAUGCUGUUAUUACGCCUUGUGGAGGGGGUGGUCUACUCUCCGGCACAGCACUCGCGUGCUCCUCGGAGGGGGGGCCGUUAGUCUUCGGUGCGGAACCGUCGGAUACGGGGGCGGAUGAUGCGCGGCGGGGGUUUUUGAAGGGGGAGCGGGUUACUAGUGUGGCGACUACUACUAUUGCUGAUGGGUUGCGGACGCAUGUGGGUGCGAUUCCGUGGUCGGUAAUUUAUGAGCGGAGGUUGGUGAGGGGGAUUUAUGCGGUGAGUGAUGAGGAGAUUCGGAGGACGAUGAGGUUGGUUUAUGAGAGGUUGAAGGUGGUUGUUGAGCCGAGUGCGGUGGUGGGGUUGGCGGUGGCGUUGUGGAAUGAGGAGUUUAGGAAGUUGGUGGAGGAGCAAGGGGGGGAGAAGGGGUGGGAUUUGGGGGUGAUAUUUUCGGGGGGGAAUGUUAGUUUGGAGAUGUUGGGGGAGUUGAUUGCGUAG